UUGGCCGCUCAGGGGGAAGGUGCGUUUCCCGGCUCCCGAUAGGUCGCCCCAGCGAGACAACACUAACAACCACGGAGCAUUUGUCAUUUCCGGGUAAGAUGGCUGCAGUGCGUGUGCUGAGGACCUGGAGCCAGAAUGCUGGGCGGCUGAUCUGUGUUCGCUACUUUCAGACAUGUAUGAAUGUUCAUGUUUUGAAGCCAAAAUGUGUGUAUUUCUUUGGUUAUCCUUCAUUCAAGUAUAGUCAUCCACAUCAGUUGCUGAAAACAACUGCUGCUCUGCAAGGACAGAUUGUUCAAUUCAAACUCUCAGACAUCGGAGAAGGGAUUAGAGAAGUAACUAUUAAAGAAUGGUAUGUAAAAGAAGGAGAUACAGUGUCUCAGUUUGAUAGCAUCUGUGAAGUUCAAAGUGAUAAAGCUUCUGUUACUAUCACUAGUCGUUAUGAUGGAGUCAUUAAAAAACUGUAUUAUAAUCUAGACGAUAUUGCCUAUGUGGGAAAGCCAUUAGUAGACAUAGAAACGGAAGCUUUAAAAGAUUCAGAAGAAGAUGUGGUUGAAACUCCUGCUGUGUCGCAUGAUGAACACACACACCAAGAGAUAAAGGGCCAAAAAACACUGGCAACUCCUGCAGUUCGCCGCCUAGCAAUGGAAAACAAUAUUAAGCUGAGUGAAGUUGUUGGCUCAGGAAAAGAUGGCAGAAUACUUAAAGAAGAUAUUCUCAACUAUUUGGAAAAGCAGACUGGAGCUAUAUUACCUCCUUCGCCAAAAGCUGAAAUAGUGCCACCUCCACCAAAACCAAAAGACAGAACUAUUCCUAUACCAAUAUCAAAACCUCCAGUAUUCACAGGCAAAGAUAAAACAGAACCCAUAAAAGGCUUUCACAAGGCAAUGGUCAAGACCAUGUCUGCAGCCCUGAAGAUACCUCACUUUGGAUAUUGUGAUGAAGUUGACCUUACUGAACUGGUUAAGUUAAGAGAAGAAUUAAAACCCAUUGCUUUUGCUCGUGGAAUUAAACUCACCUUUAUGCCCUUCUUCUUAAAGGCUGCUUCCUUGGGACUACUACAGUUUCCUAUCCUUAAUGCUUCUGUGGAUGAAAACUGCCAGAACAUAACUUAUAAGGCUUCUCACAACAUUGGGAUAGCAAUGGAUACUGAGCAGGGUUUGAUUGUCCCUAAUGUGAAAAACGUCCAGAUCUGCUCCAUAUUUGAGAUCGCCACUGAGUUGAACCGCCUUCAGAAAUUGGGCUCUGCAGGUCAGCUCAGUACCACUGAUCUUACAGGAGGAACAUUUACUCUUUCCAACAUUGGAUCAAUUGGUGGUACCUAUGCCAAACCAGUGAUACUGCCACCUGAAGUAGCAAUUGGGGCUCUUGGAUCAAUUAAGGCCCUUCCCCGAUUUAACCAGGAAGGAGAAGUAUAUAAAGCACAGAUAAUGAAUGUGAGCUGGUCAGCUGAUCACAGAAUUAUUGAUGGUGCUACAAUGUCACGCUUCUCUAAUUUGUGGAAAUCCUACUUAGAAAACCCAACUUUUAUGCUACUUGAUCUGAAAUGAAGAUCGAUGGGAUAUUAUUGAACUUUUUGAGCUUCCAAAGAAUAUGUAGAGCCUAGCUGUGCAACACAUGUUCUUCAUCACAAUUUGUAUUAGAAAUGAUUUGUAUUGUAUAAUUAAGGUUCCAAGGCACAAUAUUUAUCUCUGUUCUGUUAGACAUUUUACUGAAAAUGAAUGAUGGUGUAAGAGUUCUCCUGGGGCUGUCACAUUUUAUAGGUCAUGGUAUCACUUCUUAAUAUGGUGCUGAGGUCUUUGUGUCCGUGGGUUGAAACUAGCAAGAACAACAAAAUUAAUGUUACUAAAAGACAGACUGCCAUAUCCAGUGUUUACCCUAUUUUUUUCUUUUUUUACUUUAGACUGACCUUAAUGAAACUUGUCAGUUACACUUAGUUGGGAAAAGGAAUUUACAUACAGAAGUAUCUUCCGUUUCCCCACAAUAACACUAACUGUUGUAUAAAAUAAGUGCAAUUACUUAACCUUUUAGGAUAUCCAUGAGGGGCGCCUGGGUGGCUCAGUUGGUUAAACCGCUGCCUUCAGCUCAGGUCAUGAUCCCAGGGUCCUGGGAUCGAGCCCCACAUCGGGCUCCCUG